UAGGACAAGAAGACGUCAAAAUCGAACGUGAAUUCUUGAAGUCAAUGAUUGAACACCAGUCGAUCGAUAGUUUUAUUCGCUUAACUGUAUACAAGAAACUUUUAAUAAAAUGCUUCAAGAAUACGAAGAUGACUACUUUCUCGAGGAAGACAAAAUUAAGAGUCAAAAUCCACUCUCUAGUAAUUCUUCCAAUAACUGUAAUCAAUUCGAGGCCGAUUGUCAGCUUCUUCGAGGCGAAGGCGAUGAUUGUGAGUCGGUCGUAGGUAGCAGUUGCGAAAUAAAUAAUCAAAAGGUAUGUGAUAGUAAUGGACAGGGUAAAAUACUGGAAGAAAUUGCUUUUGUUUCAAACGACGAUCUCCCAGAUCCAGUGCUAUACGCUGAUGGUUGUGUGGACGACACUAAAAUUAUUAUGCUUUGUCAAAGACAGGAAAUGGUGCGACUGGGAAUGACUGUCAGUUCGGGAACGGUCGUUAUCAAGAAAGACACUUCUAACCUCAUAGGUAUUAGCAUCGGUGGAGGGGCACCUCUUUGUCCUUGUUUGUACAUUGUUCAGGUUUUCGAUGGCACUCCCGCCGCCCGGGAAGGAACACUUCAAAGUGGAGAUGAACUGCUGGGUGUCAAUGGAGCAUCUGUCAAGGGGAAGACAAAAGUCGAAGUAGCCAAAAUGAUUCAAGCAGCUACCGAAGAGGUUACCAUUCACUACAAUAAACUACACGCUGACCCAGUCCAAGGUGAAACGUUAGAUAUUGUUCUUAAGAAGAUGAAGCAUCGAUUGGUGGAGAAAAUGUCCAGCAGCACUGCUGAUACUCUCGGGCUGUCUAGAGCAAUUCUGUGCAAUGACUCGUUGGUGAAGCGAUUACAAGAGCUGGAACGAACAGAAGCUAUGUAUAAAGGGCUCGUGGAACGAGCCAAAAGGAUGCUGAAAGCUCAUUUUGACGUACUUCAAACUUAUCAAUCAUUCGGAAACAUAUUCGCGGCCAUCAGCGUACGUGAACCCCAACCAAGGGCAUCGGAGGCUUUUCGUAUUUUUGGAGAAUUGCAUCGGAAUAUGGAGAAAGAUGGCAUAAAAAUGAUCAAAACUUUGAAGCCGAUUCUGGCUGACAUGGGAACCUAUCUCCACAAAGCCAUUCCAGACACUAAACUGACAGUAAAGCGCUACGCAGAUGCGAAAUUUUCUUAUCUUUCGUACUGCUUGAAGAUUAAAGAAAUGGAUGAUGAGGAGCAUAGUUACGCGGCCAUUCAGGAACCUCUUUAUCGCGUAGAAACCGGAAACUACGAGUAUCGUCUCAUUCUGCGUUGUCGACAUGAAGCGCGAGUUAAAUUCGCCAAAUUGCGUAGCGAUGUAUUAGAAAAAAUUGAAUUGUUGGAAUGCAAACACGCACGAGAUUUAGCGUCCCAAUUGAGAAAAUUUGUUCAAGGCCUAUCUACCUUGGCGAAUGAAACAGUUGAGCGAUUGGAAUCUAUUCCUAAUCUGUUCCCCAUCGAGGUUGACUUAAAAUCAAGUGCCUUUCAGUACAAGUCCGCCAUAAAAUUUCAAUCGGAAGAGGAAGUGGAGGAAGAAGUUCAGCAAGGUGAGGAAGCAGUGGAGACACCAAUUUUGCAGACUGCCAAGGAGAACGGCUCGGCCAGUUACGAAAAGUCUUCAAUAGACCAGUUGCUAGCUGACUUUGAAGAUAUCGAUCUAAACAAAAGCAAAGACGGUUCGAACAAUUGCAAUAGCGAUCUUCUGUUAGAGCUCGGGCUUGACGAUGUGGACCUUUCCGUUGGAAAACAAACAAAUCUGAUGGAUGAGCUGUUAAUGGCAGAUGUUGGAGAUUUCGGAAAGUAGUUUCAUAAUUUGGAUUGUAUUUAUGUUUUGAAAAGUGUCGUAAUGUAUUCUAUCCAAAAUGUU